GUGCGUGCGUGUGUGAGGAUCAGGGCAGUGCAGCAGAGGCGGGCGGGAGGCUGCUGGUGCGAUGCUGCGUCUCUGGGCUGAUCACAGAUGCAGUGACAGUCUGGAGACAGAUGGACACGUGAGCGCUAACGGGAAAUGAUCCGCUCCUAGACCAUGGCACCGUCGGGCUCGCGGAGUAUCAAGCGGGGCUGUCAGAGAGUUCUCUACUGGAUCCCGGUCCUGUUCAUCGCCCUCAUAGUGGCCUGGUCGUACUACGCCUACGUCCUGCAGCUUUGUAUAGAGUCCAUAGAAGACACAGGAGAGAAAAUUGUGUAUUUGCUGGUGUACCAUGCCAUCUUCAUCAUGUUCGUGUGGGCUUAUUGGCAAACCAUCUUCACCAAGCCCAUGAACCCUCUGAAGGAGUUUCACCUGUCUUACUCUGACAAAGAGCUGCUGGAGCGUGAAGAUCGAGGAGAGUCUCAGCAGGAGAUUUUGAGGAGGAUAGCCAAGGACCUGCCCAUCUACACCCGCACUAACUCUGGAGCAAUCCGUUUCUGUGACCGCUGCCAGCUGCUGAAGCCCGAUCGAUGCCACCAUUGUUCAGUCUGUGAUAAAUGCAUCCUGAAGAUGGAUCAUCACUGCCCGUGGGUGAACAACUGUGUGGGAUUUUCAAACUAUAAGUUUUUCAUGCUGUUCUUGGCAUAUUCUCUGCUCUACUGCCUUUUCAUAACAGCCACAGAUCUUCAGUACUUCAUUAAGUUUUGGUUGGCUGGAGGUAGAGCACAUUUCCGACUGCGAGAAUACCUGAACGGCCUGCCGGACACUCAGGCGAAAUUCCACAUCCUGUUUCUCUUCUUUGCGGCCUUGAUGUUCUCAGUGAGCCUCGCUUCGCUUUUCGCCUACCACUGCUGGCUCGUCUGCAAGAACAGAUCCACUCUCGAGGCUGUGCGGGCCCCGGUGUUUCGCCACGGCACCGAUAAGAACGGUUACAGUCUGGGCUUCAGUAAGAACUUCUGCCAGGUCUUUGGUGAUGAGGUGAAAUAUUGGCUUCUGCCCAUUUUUUCCAGUUUAGGUGAUGGCUGCUCCUUCCCAACCUGUCUGGUGAACCUGGACCCAGAGCAGGCCUCAUCGCCCAGCAGUGUCAACUCCGCCAACAAGACUGCAGCAGAAGGCCGCCAGUUUCCUUCCAAACCACUGAGAGAGUCCCAGAGUCGGCUGCUCACUAGCACGCCCUCGUGGUCAGAGAGCGACAGUGCUACAGACAAAGACAGGAAGGGUGCCAGCAACCCAGUGAUGACGGUAGAAAAUGAGGCUUAAACACCCCUUGACACUUUCGAACCAGAAAAGAGGUCAUGCUGCCCUCCCUCAGUGUUUGGGCCAACCAGAAUGACACGUGGUGAAGACAUCCUCAGAUCUUUGCUGUUUAAUCGACCAACAUAUAGCCAAGAGAGGAAAAAAAAAACAUUAUCGGUAUUAUUAUUGUCAUCACUAUCGGCCACGUCUGCCACUAGGGGAAGUGAUUUGGGCCUGACAAUGUGAGAUUUGAAGUUGCAUUCCAGCAGUUUUCUUUUGUUUGUGACUGACCAGACAUUUUUUGCACUUUGUAUAUUACGAAAACAACCCCAGUUGUUUUUGUACGCUGCAGUUCAUGGGUUUUAUGUUUCUCCGUGGAAAGUAUCGAGUUCUGUUUUCUGUUAUACGUAAUAGCGUAGUGCAUAAAUUAUGCUGGUAUAAAUUUGCCACGUUUGCACAUUUAAAGUGUAGCUUAGUACUGGUGUUCAAGUGUUGUAACAUUCCUUAGAAAGCUGUGACAAACAUUUUUCAGUGAAAUUAAAGGUUUUUUUUUUCCUCAUUUGGAUGCCGGGGGGGGGGGAGACAGGUUUCAUACUGACUGUUGUGGAAAUCCAGUUGCUGCAUGCUAUCACCUCAGGAUGUGCAAACACACCGUGUUGGAGUGAACACUUCUCCUUUUGCUUGAGAGGAGAAAAAAAAAAACAGCAUAAAUUAGUAAUUACAUUUGAAUAAGGGCUCUUUUUUGGUGAUUCUUGUUAUAGCAUGAGUGUGGAUGUUGCCGUCACUGAAAUAUUGCCUCACAGACGAAGUUUCCAGUUUUCGGAUCAGGAGUGGGAUUAAGAACCACAGAUCCAACUGAAUAAGGCUUCCAGGUGAUGCUGCACAUCCACUUAAGUUCACCAUUAAACAACUUAAUUUUCUAUUGAUGUUACAGCCUGAUGUGAAUGUUUAAAAGAAAAAAAAAAUCUCCAGCAGCUUUGUAUAUUUCCAUCUUCUGAAGAUUCAGUUGUCGUCUCAGGUUGGAAAGUGUUAAUCCGUCGCUGAGAAUGAGUUUUUCCGUUGAUGAGCGUAUGCUCCGUGGUGACCGUGUCAGUAUAUUUUUCUAUUCUGACAGUAUUCUAUUUGACAGUAUGGAUGUAUGUGGCGAUGUCCUGUAUGGUUGUGAUGCCUUACAAUAAAAUGAGCUCGUCUUUAACCUU